CCUGCAGGGCGGGAGCCCAGUCCCGCCACCCGCCGGCCUGCGCGCUCCCGCCGAGCUCCCGCCCCACCCCCUCCCCGCGCGCGCCCGCUCGCCUGCGCGGAGGAAAACGUUGCGCAGGUUCAAAAAUGGAACGUCGGCGGCGUGAGGGAGCGCGAGGGGGUGUGCGCGCGUGCGCGUGCGCGUGCGCGCCCAGCCGAGCCUGACGGGGUCCCUGCUGGCCCGAGCAUCGCGCGCAGAAGCCGCGGCCCCGUUGCUCCACCCCCGGCCCGGCCCGGCCCCGGGCCCGCUCCCCCGCCGCCCCGCAUGGAGCUGUCAGCCAUCGGCGAGCAGGUGUUCGCGGUGGAGAGCAUCCGGAAGAAGCGCGUGCGGAAGGGCAAAGUUGAGUAUCUGGUGAAGUGGAAAGGAUGGCCCCCCAAAUACAGCACGUGGGAGCCGGAGGAACACAUCCUGGACCCUCGCCUUGUCAUGGCCUACAAGGAGAAAUGUCACCAGUGUUUCUUUUUCUUCUGCCACCUGCCUCGCACUCCCAGGGAGGAGAGAGAUCGAGCAUCAGGGUAUAGGAAGAGAGGUCCGAAGCCCAGGCGGCUUGUGCUGCAGCGGCUAUACAGCAUGGACCUGCGGAGUGCCCACAAAGCCAAGGGCAAGGAGAAGCUCUGCUUCUCCCUGACAUGCCCACUCGGCAACGGGAGCCCCAAGGGGGUGGUCAAGGCAGGGCCACCUGAGCUGGUGGACAAGGGCCCCUUGGUGCCCACCCUGCCCUUCCCACUCCGAAAGCCACACAAGGCCCACAAGUAUCUGCGGCUCUCACGCAAGAAGUUCCCGCCCCGCGGGCCCCACCUGGAGAGUCACAGCCAUCCACGGGAGCUCUCCCUGCAGGAGCCACCAGCCCCAGAUGUCCUGCAGGCCGCCAGCGACUGGGAGCCCGCGGAGCAGCCCCCUGAGGAGGAGGAAGCAGACCUGGCCAAUGGGCCUCCUCCCUGGACACCCGCGCUCCCCUCAAGUGAGGUGACUGUGACUGACAUCACCGCCAACUCCAUCACCGUCACCUUCCGUGAGGCCCAGGCGGCCGAGGGCUUCUUCCGGGACCGCAGCGGGAAGCUGUGAAGGACAGUUUUCCACUCUUAGAAACUGUGUUCUUUGGGGCUGGGGUGGGGAACUCCAGAGAUGGGAGGGGCUGGGUUAGAGUAAACAUUUUAUUUAAAAAAACAGCAGAAGCAUGGGGAAGACCCCACCACCCUACCCUAGAUCUGUGAGGGUCCUUUACAGAUGCCUCUGGGACAGGGUGCGGAGGCUAAUAUUCCAGUUUCAUCUCCAGGACAGGUGGGCACAGACCAUCCUAUCUGGUAUCCAUCCCUCUGUCAUCUUGCAGAGGCUGGUUCUAGGAGUCCAAAGAGUCUAGGAGUUCCAGACCCUGCCUCAGACAGCUACCCCAGCCUUGUGGUGGUGACCCCACCCCUGGUUUUUGGCUUGGAUCUUUAUUUUGAACUUUCCACUUCAGCUUUAUGGUGGGACAAGGCAGGCUUUGACCACCACAGGCAAGAUCAAGAUGAAGGGCAUAGAACCCACCCUCCAGAAAGUUCUCUGUCUUCCCAGGGAGGAGGCUGCCUACCCAGCCCCUUCUGAGAGUGCUGUCCCCCCAUCACUGGCCUGUGUGGAAUCUCCCGUGAGCACACCCAGGCAUCCUGGUGUGCACACAAUACCUGCGUGUAUGAUCACACUUGCCCCGUAUGUCUGCCUGUCCACUCGGACUUUGCACACCUUUAGAAACUGACAGGUGAACACAGUGCAAUUCACAGCACAAAUGAACUGGUCACGGCACCCUCACGCCACCUUGCACACCGGUCACGAAACAAGAUUUGCCUACUUCGUUUGUUUGCAGCUGUCAACAGACUGCUAGGGUCUGGCAUGGGCCUGAUGGCAUCUGGUCUCCAGGCAACAGAUGGCCAGGCUGCAAGUGAAUACGUGCCUGCCAGAUAUGGGUGAAGCCACAGGUUCUGAGACACCUGGGCCCUUCUUCCUCUCACAGGAGUUCGUGUCCUUUCUGACUCAGGUGAUCUUUUAGCCCUUCCAACUUCUUUUUUGCCCUCUCCUCCACCUCAGCCAACCUGGGCACCCGUGGGUGCCAGUGGGUGUGGGCAGAUAGGGAGGGAGGGAGUGUCCCGCCACUUUCUCAGGGCAGUCCUUGUCUUCUGUGUCCCUUCCUUAUCCAACCUGAAUGGCACAGCCAAGGCUGACCUCUCCUGCCCUGUGGAGGUUGAAUGUGGUAUGUGGUUGGUCAGGCUACACACAAGCCUAUGACCCCGAUGAGGGGCCAGAGCUGCCUCUGCUUAGAGGGGAGUAGUUUACUAGUUUGCACAGGUGUCCUAUGGGCUGGUACCUUCCCGCCCGAGGAGGAGGCUCCUUUCCUGUCCCAGCCCUGUUAGGAGAAAAGGACAGAAGGGAUGGGAGCCCAGGGGAGCAUUACUUUCCCACCCUUCUGCCAUCUUAGAAGCCAGCGUGACUGGGGAUCAGCACUGUCCCCAAUUCUGUGUCCUUUGGAAGCUAGCAGAAUGUGUGAGCAAGAGUAAGGCCACCCUUCUAUACCCUCUCCUGUUCCCAAACCAAAGAGUUUGUAUCUGUUUCUGCUUGGGGUUCUGUCAGCAAGAUUCUCAAGUCCUUAGACUUUAAUCCCCUUCCUCUUUAAUCCUCAGCUGUUCGGGGUCAACUCUGUGCUUCCAUUGGGGGCAGUCUCCUGUGGGUGACCUGACUCACCUCUAGCCCAUGGGCUGUGGGAACCAGGGAGGGAAGAAAACUGUAGUUGGCUCCUCUGGGCCAUAGCUCCCAACAGAGGAAGUGAGGGUGGGUGGCUGAGGGAUUUCCAGGUGAAUGCCUUGGCUCACAGUGUGGGGUUAGGGGCAGUUUCUAGAGGAUGCCAUGCUCCCCACUCCACCCCCUUGGGGCACAUGGGACCUGUGCUUGUGUACUUGAGGCCCUAGGGGGGCUUUUCUAUAGGCCAGGCAGCUGUCUUGUCUCCACAGUGGCAGGCCAUGACCUUUUCUCUCAUAAGGCCUUUUAUGAAGUCCACCAGCUCUGAGAUACGUGGCCUGGAAUGGGUGGCCCUGAGAUACCUAGCUCAGGGCAAAUGUGGCUUGUGGACUGCCAUGAACUGACUCCCUAGGGAGAACAGCUACAGGCUUUGAGUGGCUAUGCAGGCCUCUCCCAACCCUCCCACCCCACAGCCCCCUACAAGGCCAGUACUCACUCAAGUGGGGAGAGGGCUUCAAAAGCGGUAGCCACCUGUCUGCCUUUCUCCUGGCCCCACCCAUUUGAAUGUAGAAGCAGGGUGGUACUUUUCCCUUGCUCUGGGUUGGGGUGAGGAUGUGCCUCAACCUUUGGUGUGGACAUUCGCAGGGCUACAGCUGAGCCCCUUGGGGCUGUGAUCAUCAUCUGGUAAGGUGGUGAUCCCAUUGCCAAUUCCUCCCACCUCCUACCCCCACUCCCAGGAAAGGCCCUCAGUGUCAUUGAGGUGGGACUUUUGCUUUAUAAGUGGCAGACUGGACCUGGCUGCCAGGUCUCAGCACAAGACUGCUUCCUUUGCACAGAUGAGCUCUGAGCUUUGUUCAGACUACAUGAAUGUAUUUGGGAAGGACUAGGCACAGGCCUUCCCUGAGGGAGUGUGUGCUGGGGAGAAUCAGUGGGUGCAGAGCACGGUUUUAUUUUUGUACUGAUAUUGGUAAGAGACUGUAUAGCAUCUAUUUAUUUAGGUGAUUUAUCUCAUAGAUGAAGCAAAAAUUAUUAAAAAUACAUGAAAGAUGAC